AUGCUCAUUCGUGGUGUCACAAUGGACGGAGCUAGAAUAGGAAUCGAUUACUAUUUGCUGCGACCAGAUAUGAGUAAAGUGUUCCGUUUGAAGACAUGGCUGGAAGCUGCUAAGCAACUAUGCUUCAGCCUUGGCAUUGGUUUUGGGUGUGCUUCUCCGCGCUGCCUGCCUUCAAACUGUAAAAAAGAACCAAUAACUGUUUUCGUGGUACCGCCACUACUCAAUAUUCUUGUUAGCAAUCUUGGUUUCGUAGUUCCUCAAAUUUAG